AUGAUAAAUAUGACUUUCAUUGGGCAAAAUGCCCCAGAUGUAAGGACAAAAUUACAGAAGUUAGAUGGUGCAUUUGGAGUGAACCCUUCUCAGUUAGUAGAUGUUGCUUUCAAAUUAUUCAACAACAGGGAACAACGACAGAAGCAACAAAAUGAAAAACUGAAGGCAGCUUCUCUGGCAGCAGCAUUGAAUUCCCGGAAGGCUAGCAACCUAAAGGAAGGUGGCAGUGGUCACACCUGUAGAAACAAUGUUCAGGCAGGUUGCUGUCAGCAGCAGUUAGCACAAUAUAUAGGUCCAGAGGAAAAAGUCCAGUGACAGUGCAGCAUGGCUUCUGACAGAGGUCCUUCAGCUGGAGAUGCUACCUCAAGGAGAAGAAUUGAACCCUGGGAAUUUGAAGUCUCCUUUGACCCCCGAGAAUUCUGUAAAGAGGCCCGUCUGCUCUAUGAAAUCAAGUGGGGCAAGAGCCAGGAUGUCUGGCGACACUCGGGCAAAAACACCACCAAGCAUGUUGAAUGCAAUUUUAUAGAAAAAAUUACUUCAGAAAGACAUUUUCACCCAUCCAUCAGCUGCUGCAUCAUCUGGUUCUUGUCCUGGAGUCCCUGCUGGGAAUGCUCCAAGGCUAUUCGGGAAUUUUUGAAUCAUCAUCCUAGCGUGACCCUGGUUAUUUACAUAGCACGGCUUUUCCAGCACAUGGAUCCGCAAAACCGGCAAGGACUCAGAGACCUGAUUCACAGCGGUGUGACUCUCAAGAUUAUGGGACCCCCAGAGUAUGAUUAUUGCUGGAGGAAUUUUGUCAACUACCCACCUGGGAAAGAAGCUCACUGGCCAAGAUACCCGCCUCUGUGGAUGAAGCUGUAUGCACUGGAACUCCACUGCAUAAUUCUAGGUCUCCCUCCCUGUUUAAAGAUUUCAAGAAGAUGUCAGAAUCAGCUGACCUGGUUCAGACUUAUUCUUCAAAAUUGCCAUUACCAAAUGAUUCCACCCCAUAUCCUUUUAGGUACAGGGUUGAUACAACUUCCUGUGAUUUGGAGAUGAAUAGAAUGAUUUCUCGUGUAUAUACUGUUUCAUGAACAGGAACUGAUGGCCCACUAAAGAGUGAGUACCAUUAGAAUCGAGAAAUUUUAAGUUUGCAUUUCUAUACACUAACAACAUGUUAUCUGGAAAAGAAAUUUUAAAAAGAAUCCCAU